GAGCUCUUGGCUGGGCUGGAAUGUGUUGAAGUCUGUGGGACUCUGCAYCACCAGCUCGUUGUUUCCUGGCUCAGGAGGAGUCGUCUGGAUCUGCACACAUUUUUUCAUUCACCUGUUUGAUUGAAKCAAGCAGCUGCAAUGAAUCAAACUAAAACUGAAUUUGAGCCUUUUCAAUAUUCCUACGAUGAUUACUCCGACUGGUACUCAAACCCCGAGCCAACCAAACCACCUAAAGAAGUCAUUGUACCAUGUGACCCAACAGCAGAUGACAAAUACUUCCAUAUUUGCAUGAUAUCAGUUUCUUUUGUGAUCAUGCUGAUCCUGGCAGCUCUCACCAGGAAGAACAAGUUCUGUCAGGGAUUCACCAGAGGAUCAUCCAGCAUCUUCAGUCCAGCCAACUUCCUGGACCAGGUUCAGCAAAAGGGCCUGGUCAUGGCUGUUUAUGGAUUGAUGUUCAGUAAGCUGACGAUGCUGAUAAUCUCCCCGGACCCCCUGCCUUUCUCUAAAGACACUCCAGCAAGCCUUAAAGAAUACAUGAAGAUAAUUGCCAUUUUCUACUAUCCAGUCCUGUAUUACCCUCUGCUGGUCUGUGGGACCCUGCAGAUCAGUGCAGGUUACGUGUUCGGGGCACUUCUGUCCUUCAGUCACUUUGGGGUUCUGGUGUGGCAGACGUUUGACUGUCCAAAGACUCCAGAGAUCUAUAAAUACUAUGCUCUGCUUGCAACCCUGCCUCAGCUGGCCUGCCUUGCUUACCUCUGUGUUCAGUUUCCUGUUCUGUUUGUGAAAGGCCCAGAGACUGAUGAGGACCUUGACAGCAGUUAUUACUCAGACUAUGUAAAGUCACUUCUGAAGAAAAAGUCUGUCWGUUCUCCUGCUGCAGACAAACCAACUCUUCUACACAGAAUCCUGGAGGUGUCAAAGAGUUAUAUUUACAUACCUGAAAAAGUGUUUCAGUUCCCACUAAAGCUGGCUGUGUCGUCUUUGGUUACUGGUGUGGCCAUUUAUCAGACUGCUCUGUUGCUGGUGGUCCUGGUGGUCCCCACUCUGCACAUUGUUAGAGCAGGUAUUGAUGAAAACAUUGCCUUUCUGCUGCUGGGAUUUGGGAUCGUCCUAUCAGACGACAGGAUGGAGGUGGUCAGAAUUGUGACUUUCUACACGUGGCUGCUGGAAGUGUGCUACCUUUGUGCAAUGACUCUGUCUUGUUUGGUCAGUCUGAUCAUGCUCAUGAGGUCCAUGGUGCUUCAUAGAUCAAAUCUAAAGGGCCUGUAUAAGGGGGAUGCAUACAGAAUUUAUAACAGCCAGAAGACAAUCAGUCCAUCUAAAUCUGGUGUUGUCUGCUGGAUGGGUUUGGCAGGAUACCAAGCUGCCAUCGUCUGCCUGGGAAUGGUGAUCCAGACCCUCGUGUUUUUCAUCUGCUUCUUGUUUUUGGUGUUUUUAAUAAUCAUCCCAGUUUUUUACGGCCGUAACCUUAUUGUUUUUGAAAUAGCAAAAAUGUCUUGGCCAGCCUGGGUGAUGAUCAUAUUGGUGACGGUGCUUCAACAUGUGACGGCAAAGUUUUUCUUCAUCAAAAAAGAAGCGGGUGCAAGAGACCUGAACAACCGGGAGAGUCUGUUCCUGCUGACGUACCUGCUCUUUGUGGUUAAUAUUGUGGUUGGAUUAAUUGUUGCAAUUUGGAGAAUUGUUAUAACCGCUUUGUACAACAUCAUCCACUUUGGUCGUGUCGACAUCAGUCUGCUCCACCGCACUGCAGAGUCCUACGACCCAGCCUUCCAGUACUACACCCACUUCCUGAAGGUGGAGGUGAGUCAGACACACCCCGUGUUGAAGGCUUUCUGUGGUCUGCUGCUGGACACCAUGAUUGAGUUCAGCAGAGCUGGACAGAAAGUAAAGGAUUCAGAGGAAGGGAUUCAGGAGAACCGACCCAGCAGGACGACCGGCAGCCGGAGGAUUCAAGCUCGCUGGCAGCUGCUGUACACGCUGGUGAACAACCCCUCCCUGCUGGGCUCCAGGAAGCAUUUCCAGACGCUGCAGACCUCUGAAAGUGUCCUGAAUGGCACCCCGAACCGCAGAUCCAAGAAGGGGAGCAUAAAGGAGGGUGAAAAACCAGAGGCAGAGCCAGUCCAGUCCUCUGACACCCCCUCACAUCCAGAUGAAACUGAAUGAGAGCCUGAAUUUAUGCAGCAAAGAUGGCAGUGGUUUGGACCAUAAUGAACAGGAAGAGCCAUAACAUUUGUUUAAUUAGAUGGAAAUGAAUUAAAAAACAAGUCUCAGACCAAGUUCUAGCUAAAUAUUACCCAGUUAUUUGGUAAUAACUAUGUAAUAGUGUUUAAGUACAUGACAGAUCAGAAACUUAUAAUAAAAAAGAGUAACUUACAAUUAGUUAGUUUGUUUCUUAUCCAAGUAGCUAUAAAUGAUUCAUAAAAUACCUAAUAAUAAACAUUUUUAGUCAAGUGUGUAAAGGUUCUUUAGAAAUUGCUCUCAUUUCAGCCUCUAAUCUUCAGCCAUUUAACAAAAUAAAAUCAGAGAUUAUCAGAUUAUAAUUUCUGUUUUAUUUCUCCUUUAAACUUGUGGUCUUUAUUUACUUGUUUAGUUUAGCCUCUAAUUGUAUCUGAAACCAUAAAACACAGUUAUUUCAUACAAAGUAAAACUGAGAUUCAUGCAGGAUAACUUCACAAACUGUUAAUAAAGGAGCUGUUUUAUGGUUCAUAUUUGACAAUUCUGUCUGUAAAUCUACAGAUUAAUUUAUGGUCACAACCAUGAUGACCUGUGUUUGGCCCACACACAUGUCCUCACAGUUUAAACUAUUUUCUUCAUGUAAAGAUAAGUUAGUGACAAAAACAAACAAACAAACAAACAAACAAACAAACAUGAAAAUAACUAAAAAAUAAUUAUGUUAAACUAUAACACUCAUGUUAUUAUGUGUGUAUGAUAUGACAGCUUUUUUAGUUUGAAUCUAUCAGCCAGACAAUCAGUCACCAAAUAAAAUGCUCUGAUGGAUGUGAAGAUAUGAAAACCAGUUUGCUGUUUAUGAUUAAAUAUGUUCAGUCAUUCA